UACUAAGAGGGAAAUUAAGUACUGUCUCGUCGUCUUUCUUCUUCCUCCUUCUUCACAUUUACUCUCAUUUGCUCUCUCAAAACUGUCACUUUAUAUCUCUUUAUUACAAGACAAACUUCAGAUUCUAGAGAGAGAAGGCACUGGACUACAUUUUGGAAAUAAUGAACCGAAGGUUGAAUCAUGAACCGGACACGAUUCUUGAGUUUAACGAAUCGGCUCCCGGGAUGUGGUGGAUUCCUACAAAUCCUGAGCACCGUUGCAUCUACCGAGUCCCUCAUCGUCUACGUCGUGUAAAUCCAGAAGCAUACACGCCACAAUUACUCCUCAUUGGACCUCUUCACCAUUCUUCAAAAUCUCAAGCUCUCAAGUCUCGUGGAGAUAUCACAAACACAAAGCUAAUGGGCUACUUGAACAUGGAGGAGCAUAAGAAGUUUUACCUCGCAAGAUUCUCAAAAAGGCUUGGAGGGGAAAAAACCAUUGAUGAAUUCAGAAGAAUAAUCAAAAAAGACGAAGAUGUAAUCAGGGCAAGCUACUCUGAAUCGACUGCCUGGAUUGAAUCGACAAAGUUCGUGGACAUGAUCCUACACGACUCUGUUUUCAUACUUGAGUUCCUUUUAAGGAGUAAAGAUUACACCUUGCUUGUGCAUCAAGGAUCAGGCACCAACAAGACAUGGGAUCCUAUAUUUGAGCAACCUUGUCUUCAAACCACUGUGGAUGAAGACCUCAUUUUGCUCGAGAAUCAACUUCCUUACUUCAUCCUCAAGAAACUCUUCGAUCCUAUCGUUCCAUUACUCCGCCCGAACCAGACUCUUCGUGAGAUAGUCAUCACUUACUUCAGAUUCCAAGGUAAUAUCAGAGAUGACUCCAAAUUCAAACAUUUCACUGAUCUAUUCCGAUGUGUUCGUGUGGAGACACUUAAGUCCAAACGAAAAGCCAAGAGUAAGUUCAGAUCUUUAGCUGGUCUGUUCCGAUUUGCCAGCUUGGGAACACACAAGUCAACAGAAUCAGAAAGGAGUCGUCAUGAAGCUCUUCGCAUGGAGGAGACACAUGGAUCAAGAAACACAACAAAGACCAAAUUCAGAUAUAUAGCUGAUCUUUUCCGAUGUGUUCCCAUGGAGAUACAAGGGUCAAGAGAUACAGAAAAGAGUCGUCUUGAACGACUCAAAACUCAUCGCAUGAAGACACAUGGGUCGUCAAAAAACCCAACAGAGCCCCCGAUCAUCAAAAACAUGUAUAAUGCAGCAAAGCUACACAGUGCAGGAGUGAAGUUCAAGGCCGUGACAGAUGAGUUCUCGAUAGAUGUGAAGUUCAAGAAUGGUUGUUUGAUGAUACCUUGUUUGUGGGUUCCAGAUGAUGCGGAGAUCACACUAAGAAAUAUAAUGGCGCUUGAGCAAUGCCAUUACCCUUUCGAAGCGUACGUAUGUAACUUCGUUAGUUUCUUGGAUUUUCUCAUCGACACUGAUAAGGAUGUCGACUUGCUCAUGGAGAACGGGAUACUAAACAACUGGGGGGAGAAGAGUUCGGUGGCCGUGGCGGAGAUGGUGAACACACUAUUUUCGGGCGUCGUCGAGAGUCGUUCUUACUAUGCUGGUAUAGCGUCUAGAGUCAACGCCUAUUAUGACAAUCCAUACAAUAGGUCACGCACCAUCCUCGGACGCCAGUAUUUCGGUAAUCUAUGGAGAGGUACGGCCACCGUCGCUGCCACGCUUCUGCUGGUAAUGACUCUUAUCCAGACGGUGGCUUCGAUUAUGCAGGUUAUGCAAAAGUGAACGUUCUUCUCAUGCUUGGACAACGUCGUUUCACUCUAUCCCGUUCGUCUUUUGUGCUUUAAUAAAUUAGUCAUAUCACCAUCAACCAUCUCACUAUCUCUUCUGGUGUAUUUAAUGAAAUGGGUCUUAGUCAUAUCUACCAUUUCACUCUCUCUCUCGUCAUUUGUGUUUUUGAUAAGUUUCAUAACCCCCAAAAUAAGAUCUAUGAUUCUAUCUGUCAGUCUAUCUUCCACUGUAUCCCAUAAUAUUAAUACUUAAUAGUAAUAAUUUUUAAUGA